AUGGCUGACCCAACAAUAGCGGAGUUGAACGACAAGUUCGCCAUCGGCACUAAGGACUUGGAAUCAGAUGUCAUCGCCGAGCUGCAGUCCAUCAUGCGCCUCUACUCGCUGUCGACGCAGGAUCUCUUCUUCAAAUGGGAGUCGUACUGCAUAAAACUGGACAUGGACGAAAUGAGGCCAUCUGUCCAACGACUACGAGCUUUCAAGCAAGACCUACAGGACGCCUUAGAAAAGAGCCACCGCACCCAGGUGCACUCUAGGCCCGACAAGCGGGUUGGCGCAACUCCACGAGGUGCUGUAAAAAGUGGCGAUGUAUUCGGCAUACCGAGCUCCUUCAACGAUCGUCCUAAUGCUGGCGAGAUCCUCGAGGUCCUCAAUGAACACCUGCAAGCUGCCGAACCGCCAAUUGCGCCGUUCAGCGAGUCCCGCAUUAAAUUGACAGCGGCUUCUGAUCAAAAGAAGCUGGGAUAUAAGCCAUUAGCAAUGAAACUGUCCGAAGCCUCAGAAAUCCUAGACGACAGGAUAGACGACUUUAUGAACAUAGUCAUGGAGCACCAUAAGAUUGACUACUCCGAAUUCGGUAGCGCAGCUAGUCAAAGCAUAACAGAAAUUAUUGCCGUUGGCCGUAUUGCGUCUGACUCCGCUGAAGGCAAACUCAAUACUGCCUCCUUACUACUUGAAACUUCAAGAAGGAUGGGUGGUGGGCUCCGGGUUCCCUUGGACGUCGAGAAGAUCAAAGGUUACCAGUUCUUUCCUGGUCAGAUAGUCGCUCUGAGGGGCAGUAACACCUCUGGGCAACACUUCACCAUCACUGAUGUUCUCGAGAUACCACUGCUUCCGAAUGCUGCAUCAACACCUGCUGCACUCGCGACCCAUCGAGAGAAGCUGCGCGGGGGCCCCGAUGCCAUGGACUCGGAUAGUGAUCCGAUGCCUCUAAAUGUGUAUUUUGCGUCUGGGCCGUAUACAGCAGAUGACAACCUCGACUUCGAGCCUCUUCACCAAAUCUGCAGCCAGGCAGCUGACACUUAUGCAGAUGCUCUUAUACUAACCGGGCCAUUCAUCGAUGCGGACCAUCCAUUGAUUGCCACAGGAGAUUUCGACCUACCAGAUGAAGCGAUUGUAGAGCCAGACACGGCUACUAUGUCAACCGUGUUCAAGUACAUGAUCUCUCCAGCUCUGAACCGGCUCGUUGCCUCCAAUCCCAAUGUCACUAUCCUUUUAGUCCCAUCAACCCGAGAUGUAAUCGACAAGCACGUAUCCUGGCCCCAAGACGCGUUUCCGAGAAAAGAGCUAGGUCUACCAAAGACAGCGAAAAUCAUAGGCAACCCAAUGACUCUGUCAAUCAAUGAGAUGGUUCUUGGAAUCUCCUCUCAGGACAUUCUCCACGAGUUGCGGCACGAAGACGCGUUACCUCCUUUUGCAAAGGUCGUCGAGAGCGUGUUAGUUAUCAACCCAGGUUACUUGUCCAAGCGACGAGGUGCAGGGACUUAUGCACGGAUGACAUUGUCUCCCCCGUCAUUGACCGACGCAGAAAGCACUGGGGGCAUGCUGGGCCACAGAAUAUUCGACCGCGCCCGUGUUGAGAUCACGAGAAUUUGA